AUGUCUAACACACCUAUUCCCAGCAACAACUCAUCUGAGGUUGCAGAGGAUGUUGAUGUCAGCUCUCUUCUACCUACCAGACUGACAUCAUCUUCUCGACAAAACAGAGGAACUUCUAUCCCACCCUCUGUGUUCACGUCAGCAUCUUCUGUCUACGAAUCAGCCCACACAUCUAUUACACCAUCUGACCAAGAAGACUCUAAUGCUUUAGCUGGAGGCAACACCAUCUUUGGUAUUUCUUUUGGAUCUGCUCCUCCCAACACUCCAGCCGAUAACAAUGAUGGCGUCUCUCUUUCCAACAAACCGCCAUCCAAGUCUGGUUGGACUGGAGAAUACUCUGAUCCUGGUACCCCCGCCGCUAACAUGUCUAAGCUUGGCUGGACAGGAGAGUACUCGACCUCUGGUGUCGAGCCUGAACGUUUAAUGGCAAGACUCAGCACUGUGGCCAACAAAUCAGACGAUGGUUCCCACAACACUCAGAAUGAAGCGGAGGGGAGAUCUUCUGGAGAGAGCUCCAGGACUAACGGGGGUGGCAAUGCUUUCACUGUCAGGGACAUCUUCUCUGAGAAUGAAAAGGUAACCAGACUGGCACAUCAGGCCAUCGGUCGUGUCACUCCCUGUUCGGUCAUGGAGUCUCUAGACGUCAAGCAAGUCAAGUCUGGUGUCGUCACUGUCACCAAGUCGCCAGCCCAGCCUCAAUCUGCUGUUCUGUGCAACAUUGAGGAUGAAUCUGUUCCCAAGGCUGAAGAGGCUGUGGUGUUCUCUCCCACUGAGCCAAAAUCCACAAAAGACUUCAAAUAUGUCAAUGGAGAAAAGGCCAGUAUCAUGGGUCGCAUUUCUUGCUGCAUGCAUGCCAUCAAGAUGAGCCGCAGACCCAAGCCUGGGAUACCAGUCAACCAACCCAAACACGCCACUCUCUCACCAGAAAAGCCUUGUCUCAAGCCAGCUACUUCUUUGGCUGGCAUUGUUCUUGAUGAGAUCGAGGAAGACAGCCCUCUUCAACCUGUCCCAGCACCCAAGCCCUCAAAAGACACAAGGGUUACUUUCGAUCUAGACGAGACAGCCAAGAGUGAGAAGUCUAAGUCCAAGCGAAAGAGAAAGUACAAGUCUAAAACCAACCUCAGUUUCAACAUAGCGUCAUACUUCUUUAGCAAAAUGAGCAAUCAGGAGACCGAAGACACUUCCGAUGAGAAUAAAGAACUUGAUGAUCCCAAUUCACCAUUUGCAGCACAAGACUUGGAAAUACAACGCCGUCUUGCAAAAGCGGACUGUUACCGCGAUGCAAAUGAACGCACUUCUAUUAUUCGGGGCGCGCUGGACUUUCUCUUGGUUGUCUCUGAUAGAGUCGACACUGUUGCUGCUGAUCGCAUCAGUUGUCUCUUGGACAGGACUGCAGAUAGGGGUCUUGGGAGCUAUACUGGUGAAGAGAAGGAUCACGUGAAUCCUCAUCAGUAUGGGAAUAGGGUUGAUCAGAGGCUGUACCGUUCUAAGGAGACGGCUAUGUCUUAUUUGAGAAGACGACAGCCUCGCACUUUUAUUCGCCUUGGGACUCCUUGGAUGAGGGACUGUCAGCAAUUCUCUCAUUAA